AUGGCACUUCCGAAACCGGGGUGGAUCACAUUAUAUCUGGAACUGGUUUCACAUGUGUUCUAUCGAAAUGACCCAACAUUGACAUUUGUUGGAGCGGUCGGCGCCGGUCUUACCUUUAAGGUUUUUGAAUGGCAGUCUGUUGCUGCCGCACGUGUUCUCGCGGCUCGGGCCACUCUUCCCUCUGUUGAAGAGCAGGAGGCGUGGGAGACUGAUCGAAUGGCAGUAAAGGGCGAUGGACCGGCUUUUGCCGUCAUCAAUCCGGAGUUCAAAACUUAUUUUGAAGAGCUUCGACAAAUUGCGGGGGAGCCGCAAGAGGGAACACCGGGGCGGCCAUUGCUGCCGUUUAAUCAGAAAUGGGUGGAUGACUUUAAUUCAGGACAUGAACGUCGUAAAAGAUGUGGAGACGGCAAAACAGUUCUGCCGCGGUCAAGUUAUAGAGAUUUGUUUCAGCAUGCAUGA